AUCAUCAUCAUUAUCAUUAGAAACUUUUAUGGUUGUACCCCCACCCUCACCAUAAAUCUAUUAUCUCUUUCUCUCUCUCUCUCUCUGCUGUUUCUGAAACAAUUUUUUAAUCUGGGACCUGGGGUUUCUUUUCUUUCUUACUUUGGUAAUCGAUCGGCCUUUUAAAAAUGGAAAGAGAACAAUUUAUGGUGCCCCCAAAAAGGCCCGAACUUGAAAGCCUUCUCCUCGACCACGAUUUCCAAUUCCCAUCAAACUCAUCUUCUUCUUCUUCUUCUUCUUCUUCUUCUUCUUCUAAUAGUAGUAGUUGUCCUGAAUCCUUGAGCAAUAACAAUCAUCCCCCUGUUAGCUUCGAAGAAGACAUCGAAGACCCUUCUCCUGCUGCUGCUGCUGAUGAAUUGUUGGUCUCUGCUCCGUCACUUGGAUCAACAUCCUCCUCGUCGUUCUCCCACGUGGGACCCCCCAAAAAGAUUCACCGAUGCAAGACAGCACCAGCCAUGGCAGUGGUUCGGGACCUGAGGACCCAACAACAGAAGACAAUCCAGUCGGACCCACCCGACCCAACUUCCCUAUUGAGGCAGGCAGCCUUGUUAGUCGUAAUCUACCUCUCCCUAGGGGUGCUCAUCUAUUCCUUCAACAGCAACCAUUUCUCAGGAGGAGAAGACAAGACCCACACGCUCGUGGACGCACUCUACUUCUGCGUCGUAACCAUGUGCACCAUCGGCUAUGGGGACAUCGCCCCAUCAUCCCCUCACACAAAGGUGUUCGCCUGCUUCUAUGUAUUGGUGGGUUUUGGGUUCAUCGACAUAUUGCUGAGUGGGGUGGUCAAUUACGUUCUUGAUUUGCAAGAGAAGAUGAUCUUGAGGGGCAUUCUUCUUCAGAACCAAGAGGAGAAGGAGAAUAAUAAUAAUAAUAAUAAUAAUAAUUACAUGGUUGUUGUUGAUGUGGAGAAGGGGAGGAUGAGAAUCAGAUUGAAGGUUGGUCUGGCACUGGGGGUGGUUGUGUUUUGCAUAGGGAUGGGGACGGUGAUGUUGUAUUUUGUGGAGGAAUUGGAUUGGAUUGAUUCGUUUUACUUGUCGGUGAUGUCCGUUACCACGGUUGGGUAUGGAGACGCGGCCUUCAAGACCCUGACUGGCCGUUUGUUCGCUGCAAUUUGGCUUCUUUUCUCCACAUUGGCAGUGGCGAGGGCCUUCCUGUAUUUGGCAGAGGCCAGGAUUGAUAAGAGGCACAGAAGGAUUACCAAGUGGGUGUUGCAUCGCGAUAUCACCGUUCACGACUUACUUGCUGCCGAUAUCAACAACAACGGUUUCAUCAGUAAGUCGGAAUACAUCAUCUACAAGCUCAAAGAAAUGGGAAAGAUUGGGGAGAAAGAUGUACUGCAGAUAUGCAAUCAGUUUAGUAAGCUUGAUUCCAACAACUCAGGAAAAAUAACUCUGCCUGAUCUAUUGGAGAAUCGUUUCUAGCACUGAAAAUCAGAGUUGGCUUGGCUUGGAUUAUUUAUUUAUUUGUUCGUUCUAGAAGGAAGGGGAAUGUGAAUAUUCAACGCAGGGAAUUGAAGAAAGAGGCUGUUUGAGUAAAUCUCCUUUCCAAGAACAACUACUUACAUACACGAGCCAUUUGUUGGCGCCAUCUCUUGCAAAAGCUCUACUGCCAAAAGCUUAUUUCACAAAAGAGAAAAUGUACAUUCAUUCAUGGAAGGAAGGUAUGUAACUUUAGGAUUACCAAUUUAAUGCUGCAAUUAUCUCAAAAAAAUAAUGGAACAAAAAGAGGGCAAUAGAGCAAAAAGAGGGCAAUAGAGCAAAGGUAUGUAACUUUAGGCUUUUGAAAGUGUCAUUGAACAAAAAGAGGGCAAUGGAAUUAAUGCUUUAAUUUCUUCAAUCUUUUGGUUUAGAGAUCUCUUAACCAACUCAUGGGGGGCUAGGAAUUGUGUCAUGUAAUUUUGAUGACAGUCUGUAUUUCUAAUUGAGUAACAAAAUUCCAUAUGACAGUAAAACAGAAAUUUAAACAGAUAAGAUGAAUCUUUUGUGAGAUGCGUGUGGUGUGAUCAUCACUAUUCUAAAACUAAAACCAUGGUGUGCUCCUGCCUCCUUAGGUGAAGGUCCUAGCGUUUAUGAAGGCGGCUCCAAGAUCUAACCAGCUGCCAGAUGCUCUCUCACAGCCACUCCCACAUUUGGAAUUCACAUCCACCAAGAGGAUUAUAACCUUCACAACCGAAUUGUCCAGAAAAUGAAGAAAAACCUUAUAAUGCGUGUAUAGUAUACAGAUGUAUAUUGCUAGUUUCUUUGCAAAUGUGAAUCUAUCAUGUAUUAGAGACUUGAUUGAAUAAAAAAUAAAAACUUGAAAUUGUAAACC